GCCAGAAAGAACUUGAACAGGAACAAAUCGUACCCUCAAACAAGUUCUCGAACUCCGGUGUUCAUCAGUGGCGAUUAUCGUCGACCCCGGACUGCGUAAAACUUCGUCUAUAAGGGCGAAAACACUGACAAACAGCAGGCGCUUAUCCAUUCCGCUCUUUUCUUUUAAAAAGGGAGGUCGGUUUGGCUGUGGGGAGUCAUUCCUGUCCAGACAGUAUGUCAAUGUUGCCGUCUUUCGGGUUUACGCAAGAGCAAGUGGCGUGUGUUUGCGAGGUUUUGCAGCAGGGAGGGAACCUGGAGAGGCUAGGACGAUUCCUCUGGUCUCUCCCCGCCUGCGACCACCUUCACAAGAACGAGAGCGUCCUCAAAGCCAAGGCCAUGGUGGCAUUUCACCGGGGCAACUUCAGGGAGCUCUACAAGAUAUUGGAAAGCCACCAGUUUGCUCCGCACAACCAUCCCAAACUCCAGCAGCUGUGGUUGAAGGCGCACUACGUGGAGUCGGAGAAGCUUCGCGGCAGACCGCUUGGCGCGGUCGGGAAGUACAGGGUGCGGAGGAAAUUCCCUCUGCCGCGCACGAUCUGGGACGGCGAGGAGACCAGCUACUGCUUUAAGGAGAAGUCUAGGGGUAUCCUACGGGAAUGGUACACCCACAACCCCUAUCCGUCUCCGCGAGAGAAAAGAGAGCUGGCCGAGGCCACGGGCCUGAGCACCACUCAAGUCAGUAAUUGGUUUAAAAACAGAAGGCAGAGAGACCGAGCCGCGGAGGCCAAAGAAAGAGAAAACAGCGAAAAUAAUAACUCCGGCAACAUCAAACAGAACCAACUGUCUCCCAUGGACGGCGGGAAGUCUCUCAUGUCCAGCACGGAGGACGAGUUCUCUCCGCCCCAGAGCCCCGACCAGAACUCUGUGCUUCUACUGCAAGGGAACGUGAACCUUUCCGCCGGCUCCUCUUACCCUCUGGCGAGUCUUAGUGCCGCACAAUCGGUACACAACAUCCAGGGACACCCGCACCAGCUCCAGGAAUCCUUAUUGGGACCGCUAACCUCGAGCCUUGUGGAUCUUGGUUCUUAAAGAACUGCUAGGAUUUUGUCUUCUUUUU